AGUGCGACCUACUCGACCACUUCCUCUUUGCCACGUCUACUGCUCGAGCCGAUAACUUCUUGAAGAAAAUGUGGAAAAUUGUUGUUUUUUCUGUCUGUUUGGCAAUAAUUAAUGCCGCAGACCCAACUAUAGAGGAAGAAGAAAAGGUGCUAGUUCUCAAUGACAAAAACUUUGAUUUCGCUCUCGAAAAUAACAAGCACAUUAUGGUUGAAUUUUAUGCUCCAUGGUGUGGACAUUGUAAAGCUCUAGCUCCUGAAUAUGCAAAGGCUGCCGCACAACUAUCUGAUGAACAAUCUGAAAUUAAACUUGCUAAAGUUGAUGCAACGGAAUUUACAAAGUUGGCUGAGAAGCACGAUGUUAGAGGCUAUCCAACCAUCAAAUUUUUCAGAAACGGAAAACCUAUCGAAUUCCAAGCCGGUCGUCAAGCCAGCGAUAUUGUCAACUGGUUGAAGAAAAAGACUGGGCCAGUUGCCGAAACUUUAGAAACUGUCGAUGCCGCUAAGGUUCUUAUUGAAAAGAACGAUGUUGUCACAAUCGGUUUCUUUAGCAGCGCUGAUUCAGCCAGCGCUAAAACUUUCUUGGAAGUUGCCGCUACAGUUGAUGAUAUGCCUUUUGCCGUUUCUUACAACGAAGACGUACGUAGCGAAUACGAAGUCAAAGAUAAAGACGCAGCAAUUGUUCUAUUUAAGAAGUUCGAUGAGGGAAAAGUCGUCUUUGACGGAGAAAUUACUGAAGAAAGCGUCAAAACUUUUAUCACCGGAAACCAGCUACCACUUGUCAUUGAAUUCACCCAAGAUUCCGCCCAAAAAGUUUUCGGUGGUGAAAUUAAAAAUCACGUAUUACUUUUCGUCAGCAAGAAAUCUGACAAAUUCAAUGAAUUAACCGCAAACUUUAAGGAAUCAGCUCAAAAAUUCAAGGGUAAAGUAUUGUUUAUCUACAUCAAUAUUGAUGAAGAAGACAACCAAAGAAUCUUGGAGUUUUUCGCACUCAAGAUGGAAGAAUGUCCAGCCGUCAGAUACAUUGCUCUUGGCGAUGAUAUGACCAAAUUCAAAUUCGAAGCCGAAGAAAUCACAACUGAUAACGUCAACAACUUUGUCCAAGAAGUUUUGGAUGGUAAAAUCAAACCCCAUUUGAUGACUGAAGAAGUUCCAGCAGAUUGGGAUUCCAAGCCCGUCAAAGUUCUCGUCGGAAAGAACUUUAAUGAAGUUGCUAGAGACGAAAAGAAAUCUGUAUUUGUUGAAUUCUACGCCCCAUGGUGCGGACACUGCAAACAGUUGGCUCCUAUCUGGGAUGAGUUAGGACAAAACUACGAAAAUACCGAAGAUGUAGUUAUUGCUAAGAUGGACGCCACUGCUAACGAAUUGGAAGACAUCAAAGUACAGAGCUUCCCAACCAUUAAAUUUUUCCCAAAAGGCUCAAAUGAAGUAAUUGAUUACAAUGGGGAAAGAACCCUUAAAGCUUUCGAAAAGUUUAUCGCUUCUGGCGGUAAAGACCAAGGAGAGCCUUCAAAAGAAGAGGAAGAAGAAGAAGAGCCAGAAACUCACGAAGAUCACGACAAGGACGAAUUAUAAAUGCUGGCAUUCCCCAGUUUGAAGUUAUAGUUAAAAAAAAUUACAAAAUAUUGAAAUAUUGAAAUAUAUAUUUUACUUAGGUUUCGUAAAAGACUUAUUUGGUAACACGUUUUUGUUUGUGCUUUCUAAAAAUUGAAAUGAACUUCUUAAUGUGGAAAAAAAAACAAAUAAAUUUGCCUUGUUUAGUUAAUGAAAAAGAAACAAAACAACCAAAAGAGAACAUGCAUACCAAUAUUACAUGGAUAAUGGUCCAAAAGUAUUAGUUUCUCCGUUUUUAUAGAAUUGUGUAGAAAAUAAUCAAACAUUGAGAAUGUGUUCGUUGAAUUUUUAUUUAUUAGGUGAAGGAAUAGUAUUGAAUGUUUUCAAAAGAAAAUAUCUUUGGUAUAAAGUAUUAGUAAUAGUAUUGUUGGAAUUGAUAAUAUACCUACUUUAUGUUUUUUCAA